CUGCCGCCAUCACCGCUUCAGUCAGGAUGAAGUAGCUUCCGGGCGACAGGGUACCAGCAGUAAACAUGGCGGAGGAACUGCUGGAAACAGUGGAUAGACUUCAGGCUCGGCUCCGGGAGAAUCCGGAGCCUCGAAAGCUCCUGAAGACUUUACGGAGGCUGGGGGAGCUGCCAAUGACUGUGGACAUACUGGUGGAAACUGGAGUCGGGAAGAUUGUGAAUUCUUUUAGGAAACACGAAGAAGCUGGAGAGAUGGCAAAAAGCCUCGUAGCCAAAUGGAAGAAACUGGUUCCUCAGUCGGCGGAGAGACCCCCCAACAGCCACGUCAAAGAGGCAUCGCGGUCACACACACACUCUCGAGGCCCAGAAGCAGGUGUGGGAGACCGCAGACGCACCCGGGAGCCCUCCCCUGAGGAAGAGCCCUCCUACAUAGAGGAGGAAGAGGAGGAGGAGGAGGAGGAGAGAGGCUAUCACACGAACUACUCGCCCUCACCUCCUCUGCACGAGCAGUACAGCCCUCCGCAGCGAGGAGGCUACCAGUCGGACGAGUACGAGAGCCCCGAGCCCGAACCUGAGCUCGAGCCCGAACCUGAGCCUGAACCUGAACCUGAACCUGAACCUAGUCCUCCUCCUCCUCUUCGCAAAGAGGUCCGCCACAUCAAACCAAACAAAGAACCCAACAAAAACCAUCACCACGGUUCCCACAGCGACAGAAACAGGGACGAGGAGCGGCGGCAGCGCCACGCACAGACGAGCAGCGAUCGGGGGAGAGGAGGAGAGGGCGGCGAGGGGAAGAAACGCAGCGCGGACAAAGAGAGACAGCAGAGUCCGGUACAGAAGUCCACAAAGCACAGCAGGAAGUCCACCACACAUGAGAGUAAGAGGGAGGAGAAGAAGAAAGGAGGAGAUGACGGGCGACCGCGGGUGCCGAAGGACUCUCCAUCCAAGGAGGAGGAAGAAGACUUCGGGACUCCCAUCAUGUCCUUUGAGUCCUUCCUCACAUACGACGCCCCGAUACCCGUCAAGAAGAAGAAGAAGCCGUCGUCGUCCUCAUCCUCGUCACACAGUCGGCCGUCGCACUCUUCGUCCUCCGUGUCGUCCUCCCGCCACGCACGCACCCCUCCGCCCGCGUCCUCCUCAUCCUCCUCUUCCUCCAAAGUGAGCAAAGCCAACGGCGCUCAGAGCACCAAGAGGCCACAUUCAGGCUCCGGUUCAGCUGCAGCGACACCGGAGAAACGCAAGAGGGUGGUUGAGGCCCUUCUUCCGGAAAUCCCUCUGCCGGUGAUUCAACCCAAUUACAGACCUCUGCCCUCCAUCAACGACGUCACGCCGCUCUCCCCUCAGAGACGGAAAGUUCCUGUCAGCAACGACGAGGAGGAUACCGGGUUCACGGGGAAGCGAUUCAACUCUAAGAUGGUGGUCUACUCAGGAUCAAAGACCGCUUACUUGCCCAGGAUGAUGACUCUGUAUGAGCAGUGCAUCCGUGUGCUGCAGAACAACAUCGACUCCAUCGCCGAGGUGGGAGGAGUGCCGUUUGAGAUCCUGGAGCCGGUGCUGGAGCGAUGUACGCCAGAGCAGCUGUACCGCAUCGAGCAGAGCAACCAGUGGUUUACGGAGGAAUCUGACGAGCUGUGGAUGCGUCACUGUCAGCGGGACUUUAAGCGGGAGACUCCUCAGGAGUACGAGUCGUGGAGGGAGAUGUACCUGAGGCUGCACGACGAGCGCGAGGAGCGUCUGAGGCUGCUCACCCAGAACAUUUCCUCCGCACACGCCAACAAGCCAAAAGGUCGCCAGGUUAAGAUGGCGUUUGUGAAUUCUGUCGCCAAGCCGCCGCGUGACGUCCGCCGGCGUCAGGAGAAGUUCGGUACCAUUAGUGGUUCGUCCUCAGCCUCCACCGCGGCCGCAGCUCCCAUCAAAAUAAGACCAGCUGGCACAGAUUACUCUGGUAGUUCCCUCUUCCUCCCAACUUAACCACUUCUCGCCAGCUCGUACUCGCU